AUGGCUUCAAACCUCCCCCUGCCAAUUCCGCCCCGUACGCCGACUCCGCCACCAGACGAGGCUCCUGCACAUCAUGAAUCCUCAAUCAAUUCAACAAUGCCGCUGGAUCGUGACGCUCUAUCGCCCCUCAGAGAAUCGUUCCCCAGAACGAUGCCUCUGGAUCAGGGGGCAUCAGAUCGCUGGAGUCCGACUAAAUCAUCAUUCACUCUCAGUCCGGGGCGGGUAGACAAUGGCACUCCAGCACAAUCAGGAUCUAGUGAUCCUGCCGCUGGGGGCCCGUUCAAUUUUAACACCACCGUCAUGGCCAAGGGUCCAGUGGUCAAAUCGAAUAUCGGACAGCGUCGUGGUCACAAGUACAAACACAGUAGUAUCUCGCAUCAAAUAUUCCUCGAACCUCCACCGCGAGCGCCUUUGGCUUUGCCCAACUCGCUGCCGAUUCCGACGUGGAAGGAGUGUCGCGCCAGCAUGUCGAGGGAGCAGAAGACGCGAUUCUGGUGGAGUGUAUGCCACAUGUUCGUUGCUGCUUACACUCUCUGGACUGCGCAUGGGUCGCUCGCCAUGACUGCACUUUCACACCUGAUAUUGUUCGACUCAUUGGGGGCCCUACUUUGCGUGGCGGUGGAUGUCCUGGGCAACUUUGAGGUGUGGAAGCGGUCCAGCAUCCGGCAUCCCUUUGGGCUGGCACGCACCGAGGUCCUGGCAGGAUUUGCCAUGUGUGUCUUGCUCCUGUUCAUGGGCAUGGAUUUGAUCUCUCACAACCUCCAACAUUUCCUCGAGAAGGCUGGCCAUGAACCACAUCAUGACCAUGACCAUGAGCGAGCAUCAAUCGGGAGUGUGGAUGUCACCGCCAUCUUGGCCAUCUCCUCGACGCUCGUCUCUGCAAUUGGACUGAAGAAUCACGCGCGUAUUGGAAAAGCCAUGCGAUUCGGGUACAUCAAGUCCCUGCCGUCGGUAUUGAGCAACCCCUCCCACUUCCUGACUCUUUCAUGUUCCACACUUUUGCUCUUGCUGCCCUUGGUCUCGAUCCGCAUCUACGAUUGGCUUGAUAAGCUUCUCUCCGGCACAAUUGCAAUCUCAAUGUGUGUGCUCGGGGUACGGCUGGUCAAGACUCUGGGAUCUAUGCUGCUCAUGUCUUACUCGGGGCCAGGCGUGCCAGAGGUGAUCAAAGACAUUGAGGCCGACCCGGCAGUGCACGGCGUCGAUGAUGCACGCUUCUGGCAAGUGCAUUAUGGACUCUGUAUGGCUAAUCUGAAGAUCCGCGUGAGCGGAUCGGAGGAGACUACUUCUCGUUUGAGAGAAAAGAUUUCUAGCCUGAUUCGGAACCGCCUCGGUGGUGGUUAUGGCACUGGCGGUCAGAAAUGGGAGGUUUCUCUACAGUUCACGAUUGAGAGAUCUUAA